CGACCUCGCGGCAGCCAGCCAAAGGGCGCCGGGGUGAGGCCCGGCGACAGGCAUGCGCACGCCGUGGCGGGGCCGCGGGCAGCUCGCAUGGGCGGCUGCGGCCGCCUCUCCCGGCACCGGCGCAGGCGUCGCCACUGGGAGGCCGCGCAGAAGAGGCGCCCGCGCCAGGGGCCCCUCGCGCGGCGCGGGGGCGAUGCUGAGGCGGACGAGAACGCCGCCUUCUUCGUGGACGUCGUUGGUGAGAGCCUGCAGCUGCCGCCCUCAAGCGCAGAGCGGGGACCGCUGGGGCGGAAGAAGAGGAAUCAGGGGACUCGCUGCGCCGGGGAAGCCCAGAGUGCUCCAGAAGAGACGGACGGCGCCAGGGUGGACGCCGAGCCUGCGCCGUCGGCCGGGUCCAGGGGGCACCCCGGCAGCUGCAAGGCAGCCUGCAGGUUCCACGCCAGCCGGGGCGGCUGCAGGGACGGCGUGAGGUGCCGCUUCUGCCACCUGUGUGUCGCCCCGCCCCGCGCUGCAGCCGACGCCAGCGGCACGGAGGGCGCUGCGGCCGGGGCCGCGGCUGCCUACGACCAGGAUGCGGGGCAGCUCCCACACCUGGCCCAGUACUUGAGCACGCAGUUCACCAAGGCACGCACGGGGGCGCUGUUGGCCGCGGAGUCGUCCCGCUUCUUCAGCGGGGACAGGGGCUCGAAGACAGCAACCCACACGGAUGACGGCAACCUCACCAAGUUGGGAGCAAAGCAGGUGUGCUUGAUAUGUCUGCAGGCGCACAAAUCUUGGGCUUGCCCACAGCGCCGCUGCUUCAUCUGCUUCGCCCUGGGCCAUGAUGUGAAACACUGCCCGAAGUUCAAGACAAAAUGUGAGAUCUGUGGCCGGAAAGGUCAUGAGGCCGCCGACUGUCUCUGGCAGGUGCAGGUGGACGCCGCCCGCUGGGAGAAUUGGCGGGGCGUGCGCUGCAUGCGCUGCCAGGCGCUGGGGCACGUGAUGUGCGGCCGCAGCCUGGACGCGCAGGGUGCUGGCGCUGUGGAGGAAGCGCCGCGCCUGGGCGCGGCAGAUCCGCUGCCUGCAGCCGAGGAAUCACCCUCUGGCGGCGCCGCCGGCUGCGGCGCCAGCGGCCGCGGCGCUACCGGCCGCGGCAGUGCCACCGUCUGCAUCGAUGCGGGCCCCUGCGCUGGCCGCAGCAAGGGCCAGCGGAAGCGCCGUGCCCAGGCAGAGCGCGCGCCGGAUUCGCGGCGGGCCGGCGGGGCGAGCGACGGGGAAGCCCGGAAGGCGGGGCUCCGUGCCGAGCUGCUCGCGCAGCUGGCCCGCCAGAGCGGGCGCAACGGCGCGGCUGGCGUGGCAGCUUCCGACAGAGACGGCUUCCCAUUGCGGCGGAGCUUGCAGGCCAAGGCCGCCGAGCGGAAGGCUCAGGCGCUGGCCGCCGCUAGCGUGAUGAGAUGA